GAAACACAUUACCAAAAAGGAUGCUAAAAGCCCAUCAGGCUCAUAUCCGGCCCAAAUUAUAAUAAAUUAGGGUUUUGUCACCUCCGUCCUUCAUUGUUACCUCUCUGUGCCGUCUCCAUUUCCUUUCUGAAGAGAAGAGAAGAGAGAUCGAGGAAAAUGGAGAAAGGGAAGGGAAGAAAGGAGGAGAUCGUUACCAGGGAGUACACUAUCAACCUCCACAGGCGCCUUCAUAGCUGCACAUUCAAGAAGAAGGCACCCAAUGCAAUCAAAGAGAUCAGGAAGUUUGCAUUGAAAGCUAUGGGAACCAAGGACGUUAGAGUUGAUGUUAAGCUCAACAAGCAGAUUUGGAGCAGAGGAAUCCGUGGUCCUCCUAGGAGAGUCAGAGUCCGCGUUGCCCGUAAGAGGAACGAUGAUGAAGAUGCCAAGGAGGAGUUCUACUCUCUCGUCACCGUCGCUGAGAUUCCGGCCGAAGGAUUGUCUGGUUUGGGCACCAAGGUCAUCGAAGAAGACGAGUGAAAAGAAAAAACUAGUGAAGUACUCUCACAGACCCUCAUCCUAUUGUUUCAGCUUUUUUUUGUUUGUUUGUUAAAUCUUUAGAUGAAAGACAGAAAGAGAACAAGACUUUUGUUUGGUUUGAUCACUUGCCCAUUUUGGUAAUUUAUUUCUUAUGUUUUAAGUGUUCUAUAGACAAUUUGAAUUAGUCAUCUUUAUUAGUAAGUUCACAAUCUCUGUUAUUGUGUUGAACU